UACAAAGAAGAACUUUGUCGGGCUUCAUAAUCAUUUCAAUCUAUUAACUAUGGUCAACUACACAAUUUCCUUUGAAAGGCAUUGGACUGUAGCGUGAGUAUUUAACAAUAAAAUGGAGAUAGCAAAAGAUUUUACAUACUUUAGAAGAAGUGGUUUAAUUCGAUUGUUUUUGCUUUUGUUUUUCAGAUUCUAUCACUUUUGAUUCAAUUUCGUCCGAGGAUCGAGAGACUGACCACGCGGAAAGAAAGAACCCUGGAACAUUUUGCGAAUUCGAUGAUCGAAAAAAAACGGGGAACAUUGAUCAGUCCAAUCAUCACCGUCGUUUCAGCCGAGUAGGACAAAACUGAAGUACGAGAGUUCGAAAAUCCAAGAUGGUGGAUCCAAGAUGGCCACCACCAAAAUAGGUACAUAGAGGAGGACGCCAUGAACAAUAUAACAGACAUUUUAAAAGCCAUCUUUAUUGGCUUGGCUGCUGCUACUUUCCUUGUUAACACUGUUCGUCCGCUAAAAGCCAUUGAGGUCUGCAAGGAAUGUUUGAUCUUCCUAAAUAAUAAAGUGCUAAAAACGGAAGUAGAAAUUUUCAAUUCACUUUAUAUUGGGGUCUAUGAAACAAUCUUUAGGGCGUACUGUGUUAUCCCUGAUCAUGCAAAAGCACUAAUCUACGGCAGGAAACUUCUUGACAUUUACCGCGAGCGUGGCGAAAAAGACGAGGAAGGGAAUCUCACAGUAAACCUGGCCGACAUAUAUCUCCAGCAGUAUAAAUACCUAGAAGCACGAGAACUUUAUGAGAAAGCGAUUAAUAUUACGAAAGAAAUGGAAGACAGAAACAAUGAAGCAUACACUGAUGAAAAGGUUGGAAUUAUAUCUUAUUAUCUCGGUGACUACGAGAAAGCUGAAGAAUAUCUUAAGAAAGCACUUGUUAUCAGAUUACAAAUUGGCGACAAAAAGGGGGAGGCAGCAGAUUACGCAAACUUAGGAAAUGUGUUUCACUCUCUUGGUGAAUAUGGAAAAGCUAAAGAAUAUCUUGAGAAAGCACUUGCCAUCACAAUACAAAUCGGUGACAAAAAUGGAGAAGCCAGCUCGUACGGAAACUUAGGAACUCUGUUUACAUCUCUUGGUCAAUAUGACAAGGCUAAAGAAUAUCUUGAGAAAGCACUUGCCAUCAAAAUAAAAAUCGGUGAAAAAGACGGAGAAGCCAGCUCGUACGGAAACUUAGGAACUGUGUUUACAUCUCUUGGUCAAUAUGACGAGGCUAAAGAGUUUCUUGAGAAAGCACUUGCCAUCAGAAUACAAAUUGGUGACAGACAGGGAGAAGCCAGCUCGUAUGUAAACUUAGGAACUGUGUUUAUGUCUCUUGGUGAUUACAACAAGGCCAAAGAAUAUCUUGAGAAAGCACUUGCCAUCACAAUACAAAUCGGUGACAAAGAUGGAGAAGCCAGCUCCUACGGAAACUUAGGAUCUGUGUUCAGAUUUCUUGGUGAAUAUGACAAGGCUAAAGAAUAUCUUAAGAAAGCAAUUGCCAUCACAAUACAAAUCGGUGACAAAGAUGGAGAAGCCAGAUUAAACGGAAGCUUAGGAACUGUGUUUAGAUCUCUUGGUCAAUAUGACAAAGCUAAAGACUAUCUUGAGAAAGCACUUGCUAUCACAAUACAAAUCGGUGACAAAGAGGGAGAAGGCAUCUCGUACGGAAACUUAGGAACUGUGUUUACAUCUCUUGGUGAAUAUGACAAAGCUAAAAAACAUUUUGAGAAAGCACUCGCGAUCAAAAUACAAAUCGGUGACAAAAAUGGAGAAGCCACCUCGUACGGAAACUUAGGAACUGUGUUUACAUCUCUUGGUCAAUAUGACAAAGCUAAAGAAUAUCUUGAGAAAGCACUUGCCAUCAAAAUACACAUCGGUGACAAAAAUGGAGAAGCCACCUCGUACAGAAACUUAGGAACUGUGUUUACAUCUCUUGGUGAAUAUGACAAAGCUAAAGAAUAUCUUGAGAAAGCACUUGCCAUCACAAUAGAAAUUGGCGACAAAGAUGGAGAGGGCAGCGCGUACGGAAACUUAGGAACCGUGUUUACAUCUCUUGGUCAAUAUAACAAGGGUAAAGAAUAUCUUGAGAAAGCACUUGCCAUCACAAUACAAAUCGGGGACAAAAAGGAAGAAGCUAGAUGUUACGAAAACGUAGGAACUGUGUUUACAUCACUUGGUGAAUAUGAAAAAGCUAAAGAAUAUCUUGAGAAAGCACUUGCCAUUAGUACACAAAUUGGUGACAAAAAGGGAGAAGGCAGCUCUUACGGAAACUUAGGAACUGUGUUUAAAUCUCUUGGUCAAUAUGACAAGGCUAAAGAAUAUCUUGAGAAAGCACUUGCCAUCAGAAUACAAAUUGGUCACAGAGAAGGGGAGGCAGCGGAUUAUGGAAACUUAGGAGCAUUGUAUUAAUCGGUUGGUGAAUAUGUCAUGGCUGAAGAUUAUAUUGAGAAGGCACUGUCAAUUACUCAAGACAUUGAAGACUUAGACAAAGAGUUUAAAAUUCUCUGUGUUCUUACAGUGGUGAAGUUAUGCCAAUACAAGAUCCAGGAAGCGUUUGACUGUUUGUUUCUGAGUAUAAACAAAAGUGAAUCUUUACGGAGUUUCUUAGGCGACAACGACGAUUUUAAGGUGUCGUCCUCAGACGUUCGCAAUUUUCCCUACCAAAAUCUAAGUGCAUUCUUUUGUUUUUGGGGAAAUCCAAACAAUGCACUUUAUGUUUUAGAGCUGGCACGGGCUAGAGCAUUAGCAGACUUGAUGGCAACUCAGUAUUCUGUUGAAAGCCACAUCUCAGCUGAUCCGCAAUCGUGGAUUGGUAUUGAAAAUAUUAUGAAAAA